AUGGGUAAAAAGAGGGCUGGUCGUAAACCGGAAAGUAGCAGUUCAGUGCUCGAUUCUGGUUCUGAUACGUCGGACCGUGAAACUGUUGGCAAUGAAGCCAUAUCCCGGCAUCCUGAUGAUGUUGUUCCCGCUGCUGAAACUACUGGAGCAGUCGAGUCCUCACAUGUUGACAAUAGUGAAGUGGAUUUGUCGCAGCAAAUUCCAAAUGUUGAUGUGAAUGAGACUGUUGCGCAGCCUAGCGUAUUAGACAUUGCUAGGGAAGCAGUGGAGUCGCUUCGAAGAUCUCCUAGACCAACGCUAACAAAAGCUAUGAUAAUUGAAAGUCGGCUGAAAAGUGCUGCGGCUGCGAAUGUUAAACAAACUCCUGAAGCAAAAGUUGUUCAAUCUGAUUCACAACAAACUGUUGAACCAUUAGUGAAUCCGGCUGGGCGAUCUUCGAAGCGUUCAAAGAAGGGUGGAGCUUCUUCUAUCGUUGCUGAAAUGGCUAAGCUGAAGGCGUCGUAUGCUGGCAAAAAAACAGUUAAGCAUGUUUCAUUUGAAAUUGCGAAGAAUGAUAGCCAUGUGGAAGAAGCGGCUGCUCCUGUUAAAGAAGUAAAAAAGAAACCUCCCGUUGCUGCGAAGAGGAAAGUUGUAUUUGAAUCAACGGCUGAUGAUAAGGGCGCUGAUAAAAUUGCUAAGAAAUCUCCUAAAUCGCCUAUUAAGAAGAAAACUGAUAAGAGUAACGCUGGUGCUAAGAGAAAAGCUUCUGCUGAACCUUCUGAACUUGAAGAAGUAUUGGCCGAGACAACGAUUAAGUCAGCUAAGACUAGAUCAGCUUCUGCUUCUUCAAAGAAGAAACCUUCCACUGCAACUCAUGAACCUGAAAAGGUUUUGAAUGAUGCUUCGAAAGAGAUGUGGUCUCUUCGUUGGAAACUUGAAGAGAUUCCUACGACAAGGGUUGAUCAUUGCAUGAAACAUAAAGUUGUUGAUAAAUUGAAGAGCCACUUGACUGAUUCGCAGCUGGAAAUGUUUCGAGCGACUUGUUUUGGUUUUGUGCUGGAUAUGCCUUCGUGUAAUUUUCAAGGUCAGGUUGUACAUUCUAUGUUGGCAAGGCAGUUUGAUAAUGCUGGAGAAAAUGAGAUGUGGUUUGCUGUUGGCCAAUUAAAAGUUCGAUUCAGCAUUGAGGAGUUUGCUAUAUUGACCGGUUUAAACUGUACGGGUGAAAUUCAGAAGGUCGGGUUUGAAGAUGGUGCCAAUCAUUUCGCCGAAAAGUAUUUUGGUGGUUUGUCGAAACUGAAUAGGCAGUCUGUGGCUGAGUGUUUUGCGUGCAAGCGGUGGCAGUCCGAUGAAGACGCUGUAAAAAUUGCAUUUUUGUAUGUAUUGGAACUUUAUUUCCUGUGUGCACUUGACUCAAAUCUCAUUGAAGCUCAUCACUUGGAUGUUAUAGCUUCGGAAGACUACAACUCUUACCCGUGGGGUAAAGAAAUUUUCUAUUACACGCUGAAGUCUUUUAAAAGUAAGGAUCUUACGAAGAAGUUUAAGAAUGAAGGGUACUGUAGAUUGCUCGGUUUUCCAAUUAUUCUACAGUUUUUGUUCUAUGAGUGUUUUCCUACUGUUGAUGGCAAGAUAUGCACUCUUGUCGGUAAUAAAGUGCCGAGAUGCUUGAAUUGGAGUUCAAGUAUUACCCCUACAGUGGAUGAUCUGCAAAGUAAUUUUUAUAAUCAAGGAUCGGAGCUACGGUUUGAAAGAAUUUUGCCUACUGCUGAAGAAAAGAGGAUUUUAAUGCUGGAUGGUUUUUUCUCUGGAAAGAGGAAGGCGAGUAGGCGGAAUGUUCAGAGUUCUGUUGAUGAGGAGGUUCCUGUUUUCAAUGAUGCAGCAGUUUCUUCUUUGUUGUCUGCAUCAACAAACAAUCAACAGGAAAUCAACAACAUGUCUAAGAGGGUUGUUGAUGUUGAAAAGCAACUUAAAGUUGUUAUUUCUGAUAUGUCUGCUAUGAAGAAUGAAAUAAAGACAUAUCAUGUUGAUAUGGAGAAGGGUAUGGCUGAAAUUGGAGGUGUUUUGAAGGAUCUUGUCAGCAAAAUGGAACGUCAUUUUGCAAAAUCAGAAAAUAUUACGCGUGGCGGCGAUAAAGGUGAUGAUGGUGAUGCACGUGACCUGUCUGGUUCUUCGUCUGAAAGUGAGGACGAUAACAAGAAAAAUGACUAUGAGCUUAAGAAGGCUGAAGCGACUUCUGUUGUGUCGAAUGUUGAUGGGAAAACUAAGGAUGUGUCUGCUCAAGAUUGUGGAGCAAAUGCCGAAAAAGCUGAUGAAGAUACUGGUAUGGCUGAUGCAAAUCCAACUCAUUUUUUGGAUUCAGAUGAAAUCUUUAGUGAUUCUGUGAUUGCUACAUUGGAUGAAACAGUUGCGUCCUUAUAUAAGAGUCGUGAUAUUGCUUCUUUAAUUGAAGCUGGUUGCAAACCUGAUGGGACUGCAUUGUCUUUUAAUGACGUUCCUUGCCCCUUCCUCAAUAGUGAUUACACUGGUUCAGAUGCGUUUAGAGAUGUUGAAAUUUUUAACUGGAUUGAGAAAGGGUGGAAUAGUAAACUCUGUUGCCUUACCGGUAAAUAUUCUGUAAUCAAUCCUCCUUUGGAAGUUGGCGGUGAUGCACUUACAAAAAAGAUUUUUUUCCAUACUUUGAAUUUUUGCGGUGGCGAACUGUCUACUUCCCAUAUCGAUGUUAUUUUUUACUACUUGAGGAAGAGGAUUAAAUUGAUGAAAGAGAAGAAAAUUAAAUUUUCAACUACGGACAGCUGUUUCAGCCAGAUUUUAGUGUCAGAAUAUCAAUCUUGGAAGGCAUCUGGUUCACCGAAUGUAUUUAAAGUUGGGGCUGGAAACACCCUUUUUGUAUACUUUUCGGGAGGAGUCUGCCGUUACGGUAAGCCUUGGAAAGAUGUUGAUGAACUUCUUUGCCCUUUGCUCGUUUUAGAUCCAAAUCAUUGGAUACUUGUGCGGGUAAAUUUUGAAGAAUGCAAGGUGUAUGUUUACAACUCUUACAAGACUGAGAAGAUUGAAAAGAAUAUAGAACUUGUAAUAGGAGCUUUUACAGAGUACCUUCCUUUGUUUUUGAAACAAACCAAGUUCUAUGAUUUGAGGAAGGAAUCUGUAUCAUUUGCGCUAUCUUCGAGCUACGACAGCAGAUACAGUUCAUUUUCUUUUCACAAUGUUUCUGAUUUGCCAACUCAAGUUAAGAGUGAUUGCGGGGCGUUUAUUUGCUUGUUUGCUGAGCGUUUGAUUGAUGGCAAGCGUAUUCCUUCAUCAUUUUCUGUAGAAGAAAUGGAAUUGUAUCGAAACCGGCUUUGUCAUGGCCUGAUUACAUAUGGGAGAUGGAAGUUGGAAACCAAUUACAUAAGUGAGGAUGAAGGAACAGUGAAGCUUCGAAGAGAACUGAACAAGGAUCCUGCUUUGAAAUAGUUAGUUGAAUUUGUGAAUUCUUGUGUUGGUUUUAGUGUUUUUAGUUUGUUAUUGUUUUUACGAAUGAUUUUUAUUUUUAUUUGAAUUACUGAUGUUAUCUUUUAUAUUAUUUUGAGGACAGGAAUGUUAAUUUGUUUAUCUAAUUCAGUUUAUUUGAAUUUGUUGUAUUUCUGUUCUUCAUCAUAAGUAUUAUCUACAACAUAUCAACAUAAUGU